GCGCCCGCUUCCGGUCCAGCCCCGCCCAUCUCCUCCUCUUCCUCUCCCCCCGCCCCUCGUCGCGCGAACGCUGCCAGGCCCUCUCGCCGUGUCCCCUGUCAGGGCGGCAGCCGCUAUGUCCGACAAGGAGUUCAUGUGGGCCCUCAAGAACGGAGACCUGGACGAGGUGAAGGACUACGUGGCCAAGGGUGAAGAUGUUAAUCGGACACUGGAAGGUGGGAGGAAACCUCUUCACUAUGCUGCAGACUGUGGACAGCUUGAGAUCCUGGAGUUCCUUCUACUAAAAGGAGCUGAUAUGAAUGCUCCAGACAAACACAAUAUCACUCCACUCCUUUCAGCAGUUUAUGAAGGCCAUGUGUCUUGUGUGAAGUUACUUCUGUCAAAGGGUGCUGAUAAGACUGUGAGAGGGCCAGAUGGUCUAACUGCCUUUGAAGCCACUGACAAUCAGGCAAUCAAAGCUCUUCUCCAGUGACGGAUGGACUGAGAUCUAAUGUCUCUCCUGUGGCCUCACACUGCUGCCUGUCUGUCACUCUUUGUAUCUUCCAGCUUCUUCAGCUAAAUAUUGGGGAGGGAGGAAAAAAAUCACAGUAAAUCAGACUAGUUAGGUACCUCUAUCAAAAAGACAACCUGCUUGGAGAAAGUAGAAAUCCAUAUAAUUGGUUUCUCCUUAGCACUUUGUUCAGGGUACAGUUUUUUCCCCAUUUCUAGCAAAAUUGAACCUCUGCUGGAGAAGGGGCAAAGAAUGGAGUAUGAAAUUUAGUCUGCAAACUUUCCUUGUUCUUCUAAGACUUGCUGGAAGUUUGUCAGACAGAAGCUCUAUCCCUGUACUUUCUAACUUGUAAAGGCAGUAGCAGCCCUGUGCUGCUAUGCUGUCAUCUCCCAGUCAAGGCAGUGGGAUAACUGUAUCCCUGUGCCUUACGUAGGUUGUGCAAUGCUGAAGGCUUUGGUUUAUCAUUCCCCGGUAUUUAACAGUUGGAUGCCACAUUAAUUUUGGCUGCCUAUUUUAACACGGAAUAUACAGUGAUAGCAGGAGUGCAUCUCAAAAAGGGGUGCCGAGGGAUGAUCAAAAUCGUGUGGGGUUUUUUCCACCAUCCAAACAUUUUGUGAAGAACCAGCCAGAUGAUAGACAGUGCUUAGUUCUGGGUAAGAGUUGCUCUUCAAAGACUUCCAGUUGGAACUUCCUCACCCCAGCACAUCAUAAAAUUAACUGGAAGAAAGUGACAACUCCAGACCUAUUGGUGCUAGAGGAUGAUGACUUUGCCCUUCAAGAUUUAGACUCAAAGUAUCUUAAUUACUAAAGAAGGAAUGGCUCUCAGUUUAAGUUAAUUUCAUUCUUUUAAAGAAGGCAGGAGCUUUCUUUGCCCUAGUUUCAUCCUCAACACAUUGAUCUUGUAAAAUGCAUAUGUCUCUGAAAUAAGAUUUGAGUCACUGCUGUGGCAUUGUCUGUGAAAAAUGUAAUUUGACAGAUUAAAUAGUCAUGUUUCCAAAGGAAACCCUGCCUUUAUUGCUGCCCAAUAAAGGAUGCUUCUUUCUACGUGACAUUUCACAAAUACUCUUCAAGAUGACAUUUUUAAAGAACAUUCAGGCAUAAGGUUUUGUAAUAUGCUAAUGUGUUGAUUAGAAGAUGCUGGGGCAAAUAGCACUUGGAUAUUCUUCCUCAGAAACUAUGGAUAAAUUUUGUAUCAUGUUAAAAUUUCCCACUGAGGCUUCUACUGACUUUGCAUCAAGAUGUGCAAUACAAUGUCUUCAUUGUCAUCCAGGUAACUGGCGUGUGCUUUUGUAUACACAUUUCAUAGUAUUGAAUGUACCUUUUCAAUUUUGAAAGCAUUUCAUUUAAAUGGGAAAACCCUCUGUGUACCCUAGUAAAACAGAAUUAGGAAUAUGGCCUCUAUAGACAAUGCAAAAUUGCAGGCUAGCAUUACAUCUUAAAUUGUCAUUUAUUUGUCCCUUAUUAGCACUGAUACCACCCCAACAUUCAAAUAUUCAGCAGCAAAGGGGGAAAGAAACUAGAUUCUUUAAAGGCAUUCUUAAAAGUAGAACCAUGUUAAUCUGGUUUUUUUUGUAUUGGUGCAGGAAUGUGAUGUAGAAAUAGCAAGCUUUGCAUGCAGAGUCUGUGUACUCACAUGUUCACCUUCCUAUGUGACACGAGAGGUGUUGCUUAUGAAGAUGCUAAUUCAGUAAAUGAACAUGUUCAGAUUAAUUUUAAAUCAAAUGUUCUUAGUCAUAGUAGGCAUGAUCCACUUAAUUUCUCCUGAAGUCAAAUGAAAGAUCUGAUGGAUCAAGUGAAGGAGAAAUUGAAAUUGUAUUUCAGGACUGGCUAUUUCAUAACCCUGUGUCCAUUCACCUUCAAUCCUCCUUAGAUAGUAUUAGAUCACUUUGAUCCUCUUUCGUGCAGUUUGUUGCCCCAAUAUUUGAGGCUCUGCCUGCUUGCCUUUUCUUUAAAAACUAUCAUGUUGGCGUUUUGCACAGUUCUUUUUUUCGGGCGCAUCUUUAUUCGCAACUAGAGAUGGAUUCUGAUGUGUGGCUAUAAUAAAGUAUAUUCUAGCCACUUGGGUCAGAAUACUUAAGUGUUUGCUCUAAGCCAAACUAAAGUUUAUGAAUUUGAAAUAGCAUAAAAGGUCCACCCACUGUUUUCUGUCUUAGAAAUUAAGAAAUCAAAUCCAACCUUAGAUAUUUGUGUGAACAGAUCAUGUGCUAUUCAUAUCAUAUCCUACUUUUCAGAAGAAAAAUGAUGGCUACCAAUGUCUUGUGCUCUUAGAUAGUGAAAACUCUUGGAGUAAAUUCUUUUUCCAGGUAGGAAACUUAAGAGAAGUCAAAGCUAGCACUCUAGAAAUCAAAUUCUAGCACCAAUAUCCUUCCUUUCCUUUCAGAUUUCAAUUUAAGAUAAUGACUUGCGGUAUUAAAGCUUUCUGCUCCCCUUUGUAUAGGCAUUGCUUUCUUAACUUAGUUCUUUAAUGCAGUACUAAAUGGGUUAAUUGAUGGAUAGAAGAAGCUGGUAAGAGUGGAAUGUCCUAGUUGAGCAGUUGCAGUGUUGCAUGCUAAAUCUCAAACUGAACAGUCUUAUAUUUUAUAAAUGGGGAAAACAAUCACAUCUUUCUACCCAAUUGAUGGAAGAAAAGUAGUGCUUUGUGCAUUUUGAUAUUUGACCUUUUUCCACAAUGUAACUAUUUUGACACAGUUUGGUUUAUCAUUAUCAUGGUUCAUAGACAUUGGAUUGCUAAAUGAUACUGUGUUAAGUUUGUGUUGCAAGAAUGAAUGGAAUAAACUUGAAUUGUGCUAUAGAAAAAUCUGAAGCUUUAUCUGCCUCUGUAUCCUUCCCACGCUGUUCUCCCUCAACUGCCAACCUUAUAGAAUUAUAGCUCUACUAUAAUCCUCUGCAUCUAGCACUUUGCAACUUCAUUAAAAUCCUUUGUAAAACC